AUAAGGCGGGCAGCAAUUACUGAAAGGGCAUAAUGGGAAAGCAGAAAAAGCCGUAAUUUUGCAUGAAGAACUCGAAUAUAGAGGCUGGAAGCAAGAGACGCUUGGCGAGUCUGCGUGGUGGAAUGCAGCCACCUCCCACCAAUUGCUAUUCUCUUCCUAUUCACACCCCACCCCGCACCUCACCUCACCUCACCUGACCUCCCACAUUCCCAAGAAAGUUUCACUUUGAGAAUUCAGCAUUUAUGCGGUAGUAAACAUGAAACAGAAAGCAAGUGAUGUGAUUUUGUUGAUAUUCAAGAUUCAAGAAAUCGUAUAGUCUCUGUGAAUUCUGGAGAUACGGUUUCAUAAUAGAGAUUUUUUAGUUUAUAGGGAGGUGGGUUUGGUGGUGUGGAUUGAUGUGAUGGAGGGGUGCAAGAGAAGGGUGUGUUCAUGGUGGAAAACGUCUUCGUCUUCGACGAGGGUUUUGGGGUUUAUACUGCCGUUGAUGGUGGUUUCUGGGUUGGUGGUUUUAGUGAGUUCAAAGUCAUCGAAUUGGCUGUUUGCUUCCAAUUACUAUCCGUGGGCUUGGAGUUCUGUGUUACCCGGUGCUUCUUUCUCAUCUUCUGGUAUUUAUGGGAGUUUUGAGAAUACUUCCAGCGGUUUAAUUAAGGGGUUUGCUCCUCCGCCGGACGACGGUGGCUCGGGUUUGGAGUUGCGGCGGAGGGUGGUGGGCGGCGGAGAAAGACAGGAGGCGAUCUCGGUUGACUACAAUCUCCACCGCAUCGCCGCACCGCCGCUUGCUAUUGAGGUUGGAGAGGCCGAACCGCCUGUUGAGAAGAGGAAAGAGGAUUUUAUAUUGACAACAAAUUUCUCCAAUGUUCCCCCUCCAUCCAAAGACAAUCGUCUUCUUCCAUUAAGUUCAAGAAUACAUAGAAGAUUCAGCAAUCUAGAGAUUCUUGAGGCCACACUGCAGCAAGCACGAGCUGCAAUUAGAGAUGCACAAAGGGGAAAUCCAGCUUACGACCCCGACUACAUCCCAACGGGACCUAUCUAUUGGAAUCCCUCUGGCUUUCACAGGAGCUAUCUAGAGAUGGAAAAGCACUUUAAGGUAUUCGUCUACGAAGAAGGAGAGCAACCUAUAUUUCACAAUGGCCCUUGUGGAAGCAUUUACUCUAUGGAGGGAAAUUUCAUCUACAAAUUGGAAACUUCUAAAUUCCGGACGAGGGAUCCAGAAAGAGCGCAUGUUUACUUCCUUCCCUUCAGUGUGACGUCCAUAGUUCAUUUCAUAUACGAUAAGAGAGUUCAUGAUCAUUGGCUUCCGAUGAAACAGACAGUAAAGGACUAUGUCGAUCUUGUAGCUGGGAAAUAUCCCUACUGGAACAGGAGCAUUGGAUCAGAUCAUGUCAUGCUUUCUUGCCAUGAUUGGGGGCCUGAACUUUCAAAGUCUCUUCCCGAGCUAUUCAAGAACUCGAUUCGAGCUUUGUGCAAUGCAAAUACCUCGGAAGGAUUUCGACCCUCUAAAGAUGUGUCCAUCCCGGAGAUCAAUCUCCCUGGUGGACGGACAAAUGGCUUGAUCGGCGGCCCAUCACCCUCAAAACGACCUAUUCUUGUUUUCUUUGCAGGCGGUCUUCACGGUCCCAUUAGACCAAUUCUUCUGGAGCAUUGGGAGAACAAAGGUCAAGAUGUUCAGGUUCAUAGGUACCUCCCAAAAGAUGUAUCUUAUUCUGCAAUGAUGAGGAAGAGCCGGUUUUGCAUUUGUCCAAGUGGUUAUGAAGUUGCAAGCCCACGAAUGGUGGAAGCCCUAUACACCGGCUGCGUUCCGGUGCUAAUUAAGGAUCAUUACGUGCCUCCAUUUAGCGAUGUUCUGAACUGGAAAUCGUUCUCUGUCGAAAUUUCGGUGGCGGAUAUUCCGAACCUGAAGAAAAUUCUGACAGGGAUCUCGAUGAGACAGUACAUAAGAAUGCAGAGGAGGGGUGUCGCAGUGAGGCGGCAUUUUGAGGUGAAUUUGUCUCCGAAGAGAUACGAUGUUUUUCACAUGACACUUCACUCGAUUUGGCUGAGAAGGCUGAAUAUUCGACUGCAUGGGGUUGAGGAUUCAUGACAGACUCAUCACACAUAGUUCAACUGUUGUCUGAGUUUGGAGUGGUAUCUUGUAUUGUUGUAGAGUUCACAGUGAUCGAUGGUUUGAACAUUUGCAAGAUUUUUUCGAAGGUUAAUGUGGGAUGUAAAGUAUAUUCGUCAUAUGUAAUGUUGGCUGGAAAUUGGUGCUCUGCUUCUUUAAGGAUAUAUAUAUAUAAUGAUAUUUGAUUCUUUU